CCGACUUUUAUGUACUGGGGUUCCUCUAUCUAGCGCAAUUCGCCCCUUAUUUGUAGCGUUAAAUUUGUAGAGUUAUCCCUCGUCUUUCCUUCCUUUCCCAUAGUCCUCCUACCACACAUAUUUACGUAGGGACUGAAGUCGUAGCGCAAGUACAGUGGAAUCUGCCUCAGCAAUGAGGUUUCUUACAAGAUUGCAUGUUGUGAUAGUGGUGGCUAUCACCGGUGUUCUGUACCUCACCUGGAUGCUACCAUCGUCACAUAUCUCAACCCGGAUUCAGAAAGUAUGGGAAGGCUCUUCGCAUCGACUUGUGGUAUUCGGUGAUGAUUGGUCCGACAACAGCGAAUAUCGUAUCUCCCCACCUCCCAAAUCCACAACCCAAAAUAGGGACCCUGAUCGAGGUGAAAUAUGGACUGAGGUCGUUUGCAGAGAAUUGGCCUGCGAUUUCAUAGACAACUUUGCCCGCUCGAAGCCUACAAACUUGAAUAUGCCUACCGUUGGCUCGGUGGUUAGUAGUGACAUCUACGCUAAUGCGACGACCGAAACGAAUCGCCAGACGCUCGCUUUGUUCGACUUCGAGGCCCAAGUACAACAGUUUAUAAACUUCGAAAAGCAGAAACUUCUCAUACCAGGACGCUUCCGCAAGACUGAGUCGACUGUAUUUACCGUUUUCUUCGGCAUCUGGGAUCUCUUGGAGUACUCUACGUUGGACAAGGCAGAAGCAAUCUAUGCAAUCGACCGCAGUAUUGAAGAACUUUUCCAUAACCUCAAUUUGCUUCGCGACCACAUUAACGAAUCAAUCAAGGUCGUCAUUCCCAAGGUUGUGGACGUCACAUUCCUACCGCGUUUCCAAAUGAGGAAGAACGAGUCGACGAACGACUUCGCGCAGGAUCAGCACCAAUCCAUAUUCCUCUGGACGUACUGGAAUACGGCGUUGUCUCAGACCGCUGUGGCAUGGAGCGGAGGCGAUAUCUUUAUGCCGGACUUGAACGGAAUUGUGAUGAACCAGGUGCGAGCGAAACAGCUCUAUUCGAAGCACAUAUCCGACGCGUUCGGGUUCGGCAAACAGACGCCGCUCUUCGAUGAAGUCGAACGGCCUUGUUUAACCCCGAAGACGGAAAACGAUCCCGUGCACACUGCCGACAUAGAGAAGUGCUUCGAGCCAGUUCGCUACUUAUUCUGGGACGAUAUCCAUGUCAGCGGCCCUGCGCACAAGCUAAUCGGAGUAGAGGCCGCUCGCUUGGUGCGCCGUAACAGUACUAUCAAUGUGGACGCUCGGGAUCCUGCAGAUAAUGGUUCAGGUACGAGUCAGAAAGACGGCAAGAAAGGCACUGCAGAUUUCGAAUUGAAAUUUCCUCCUGGAUAUUAA